AUAAGAGUCUAAGUGAUUAUGUAUUAAAGGUAAGAUUCUUUCACGAUUCCUUGUAUUGCUAGACGAGAUUUAAAGGCAUCUUUUACAAAACGCGUUACAUUUCCACCUGUGAAUACUGUGAUUAAUUAACAUUAAUCAAUUAAAACCACACGACUCAUCAACUUACAUAAAAUUUUUGCGGAUCGCUGAACUCGUAGAGCACUUUUCAAUUAACAAAGGAUAUCAGUAUAACACAUUGUUGUUCUUUUAUUUACGUAUACUUAAAGGCACGGGAGCACAGUUGAUUAGUGAUUAGUGAUUAGUAGUUAGUGAUUAGGUAUAUAUAAAACUCUCAACGUAUGGGAAAGCAAGAACAAUUUUAAGUUGAAAAACUUUUGGAGAAAAUUGGUUUAAUACGCAAUAAGUGUCAGUUUGGUAUAAUAAAAAAAAAAACAAUAAUAAAAUAACUUCAUAUUUAAUGAGUGUUUACCGAUAGGAUGCAGGCACAGUUUAAAUAUAAUACCAAAAACAUUACGUAGCCAAGGAAGUCGUACGUAACGUCUACGAGCGUAGGCCUACGCCGUAGACUUAGCGGAUGUCCGUCGUCUCAAAGCUACAAGGCAAGACGAAACAGCUACGAGCAAUUAUUAAAUUUGUUUUUCGAUCGCUUAUAAACCGUCGCAUUUCCCAAACGUUUACGGCAUUUCUUGUUGAUUUAGAAGCUUGAAACCAUACAAGAAGCUAUUUCUAUACCAAUCACAGGUAAAAAGAAACUAAAACAGGUGUAUUGGUAGUUUUGCCACAAAGAAUGCGUUACAUUUUGGUUCUAAGAAACCUGCUUUACACUAAGAUGUGUUUAACAUUUCUGUAAAAUAUUGGAUACAUUUUUAAGGAAAUUAAGUCACUAAGCGAGUACAUAUAAAGUAUAUAUUCGGGUGUCAUUAUGUCGGGUAAAUGUCUCCGGCUUCGGACAGAGCUCAGGUGUUUGUUCCUCGUCUAGACGCCGCGAUAAACCUCCAUUCGUAUACAUUCACGUAACAUAGAAAAGUAAAGUGACUGAUGCUACCGGCGCACACUGGGGCAAGCUGUAUGAAGGCGAUGCCCAAAAUUGAAUUUCUAAAAUGAGGGUAUUUCAAGAAACUUAUGACAAAACAUCAAAGUUCGAUAUAUUUCGCAUCACAUAGCAUUGAUAUUAUCCAUCCAAAGGUUAUCAGUUCGCUAAUAUAUUGCCACAAAGUUGAUAGAAUUGAUAGUUGUUGCAUUUGCACUAUUUCGUCUGCGUGAUUCAAGUGUACAUAACUUCACUGUUAUUGAAGUUAUCCAAAAACUAAAAUAUGUCCAGUGAAGAUCAAGAUAUGUCGAAAAACGUCAUUAUCAGUAGAAAAACUUUAGUAGAAGUAUUUUUUAAGAGUAAAUAUAAAUCAUUUGAUAGUAAAUUUAAAGAAAUAAUAGAUUUUGUUGCUUCCCAAACGAAUUGUCCUACGCAAUCUCGUACAGAUUUAACUUUACAACUGCGUAACUUCAAGCGACAAUUUAACACGAAAUGGUUACUACACGGUAAACAUAGAGAAAGACUAUUCGCUAAUGAAAAGACUUGGUUGGAUGGAAGUUGUAAAUUUACACGUUUUGUAGUCAUAAACUCAGGAAGGCCCACUUCAAAUUUUAGUGACUCUAGCGAAAAUUCAAAACGCAGAAAAACAUCUAGUCUGCGUGCUGAGAUGGAUGCAGAUUUUUUAACUUAUGCAGCACAAAUGAAGCUAAGGUCCUCAGGUAGAACCACAGAAGCACAAGUUAUUAAAAAAAUGUCAGUAUGUCCCAAAUACGCAAAAGACUGUUUUGACAUAUCUACCGAAAUAAAGGUCAAGAAAAUAUCACCGCGGGAAGCACUUUCAUUACUAAUUGAGGCUCAACUAUCUCGUAAACAAUAUGAAAUUAUCAGAAACUACGCUAAAGAUAUUUUUCCAUCUUACAAGUUGGUGCAGGCAGAAAAGGCUCUUUGCUAUCCGAAAGACGUUCAGGUUACAGAAACUGAAGCUGUCGUGCCCCUUCAGUCGUUGCUUGAUCACACUGCCACUCGUCUGAUACAUUCACAAAAAAGUGUUCUUCUUACGCAGUCAAUAAGCUCUUCGGAUAAAAUUGUAUUGCAUACGAAAUGGGGUUUUGACGGAAGCUCCAGUCAUACCCAAUACAAACAAAAGUUUAUUUCGGAGACUGCUGACGACAAAUAUAUGUUUUUAAGUAGUCUCGUUCCAUUAAGACUUUCGUAUGAGAAAAAUGAUAGCACAGUUGUUUUGUGGCAAAAUCCAAAGCCUUCUUCAUCACGAUUUUGUCGGCCGAUAAGUCUCCAGUAUCGUAAAGAAACUGAUGAAUUAGUCAAAGCAAAAAAACAAGACAUUGAUCAACAAGUUGAAAAUUUGUCACCAACAAAGAUUAAAGUGAAUGAGAAUGUAUAUGAAGUUGUGCAUAAGGCUAUUUUUACAAUGGUGGAUGGUAAAUUAUGUAAUGCCCUCUCAGAUACGAAAUCUACAUUGAAGUGUUAUUUAUGUAAUGCCACCUCUAAAGAAUUUAAUAAUUUAAAUACUGUUCUGCAAAAACCCGUCAAAAAUGAUUUCAUAUCGUUUGGUUUAUCAGUCUUACAUUGCUGGAUACGAUUGUUUGAAUUUUUUUGCACCUUUCUUAUAAAUUACCCAUUCAGGAGUGGCGUGUGAAUAAAGAAAACAAAGAGACAGUAGAACAAAAUAAAAAACGAAUUCAGACUGAGUUUAGAAAACAACUAUCCCUUAUUGUAGACAAACCAAAACCUGGCUUUGGCAACAGCAAUGACGGGAAUGUGGCACGUAUUUUCUUCCAAAACUUUGAAAAGUCAGCCGCGAUAACACAGAUUGAUUCGCAGCUUAUAAAACGAUUCUACAUAAUAUUGCAAACGAUAUCAAGUGGGUUUAAAAUAAAUUCACACAAGUUUCAAACAUUUUGUCAUGAAACUGCUUCUCUUUACGUAAGUCUGUAUCCAUGGAUGCCAAUGACACCUACAGUCCACAAACUUUUAAUACAUGGCCCUGAAAUUGUUACCCAAGCUUUGUUGCCGAUUGGUCAACUCAGUGAAGAAGCCCAGGAGUCUAGAAAUAAGGAUUUUAAAACGUAC